CGACGGCGGGCGCGCCGGGCAGCCAGGGGUUAACGCCGGGCUCUUCCCGGCGCGGAGGGAUCCGCGGCCGAGCGGAGCGCGGUGCUGCGGCCGCCCCGGCGGAAAAUGUCCGCCUGACGAGCCCCGCAAGUUGGCCUCGGGGGCACCGCCACCCGCCCCGGCAGCGAGGGGCGGCCAGGCCCGACCGCCGCCUCCCCGCCCGCACCUCCGGCUCGCGCGGGGCUUCAGGACUGGCUACAAGUGAGCGAAGAUGAACCCCCAGCAGCAGCGCAUGGCCGCGAUCGGCACCGACAAGGAGCUCAGCGACCUGCUGGACUUCAGCGCGAUGUUUUCCCCACCUGUUAAUAGUGGGAAAACCAGACCAACCACACUGGGAAGCAGUCAGUUCAGUGGAUCAGGUAUAGAUGAAAGAGGUGCUGCGACAUCUUGGGGAACAAGUGGUCAGCCGAGUCCAUCUUACGAUUCUUCUAGAGCUUUUACAGACAGCCCUCAUUUCAGUGAUCACUUGAAUGACACUCGAUUAGGGGCCCAUGAAGGCUUAUCCCCAACACCUUUCAUGAACUCAAAUCUGAUGGGAAAAACGUCAGAGAGGGGCUCCUUUUCCCUGUACAGCAGAGAAACCGGAUUGCCAGGCUGCCAAUCUAGUCUCCUGAGACAAGAUCUAGGGCUUGGAAGCUCCGCACAGCUAUCUUCUUCAGGAAAGCCUGGGACACCUUACUAUUCAUUCUCUGCCACAAGUUCCAGGAGAAGACCGCUCCACGAUUCUACAGCACUUGAUCCUUUGCAAGCAAAAAAAGUCAGAAAGGUGCCUCCUGGUUUGCCUUCUUCUGUGUAUGCACCAUCCCCAAAUUCAGAUGAUUUCAGCCGUGAAUCGCCUAGUUACCCGUCUCCCAAGCCGCCAACCAGCAUGUUUGCUAGUACUUUCUUUAUGCAAGAUGGGACCCACAAUUCUUCUGACCUUUGGAGUUCAUCAAAUGGGAUGAGCCAGCCUGGUUUUGGUGGAAUUCUGGGCACCUCCACAUCCCACAUGUCUCAGUCCAGUACUUACGGCAGCCUCCACUCACACGACCGCUUGAGCUACCCCCCGCACGCCGUCUCCCCGUCGGACAUGAGCACCAGCCUUCCGCCCAUGUCCAGCUUCCACCGCGGCGGCUCGUCCUAUGUGGCUGCUUCGCACACUCCUCCCAUCAACGGCUCGGACGGCGCGCUAGGAACCAGGGGGAAUGCUGCUGGGAGCUCUCAGACUGGUGAUGCACUUGGAAAGGCUUUGGCAUCUAUUUAUUCCCCCGACCACACCAGCAGUAGUUUCCCAUCAAAUCCAUCAACGCCAGUCGGAUCACCUUCUCCUCUCACAGGUACUGGUCAGUGGCCUAGACCUGCAGGGCAGGCUCCUUCAUCUCCUAGCUAUGAAAACUCACUCCACUCCCUGAAAAAUCGAGUUGAGCAGCAACUUCACGAGCAUUUGCAAGAUGCAAUGUCCUUCUUAAAGGAUGUCUGUGAGCAGUCUCGAAUGGAGGACCGUUUAGACAGACUGGAUGAUGCUAUCCAUGUGCUGCGGAACCAUGCUGUGGGACCUUCCACCAGUUUGCCUGCUGGUCACAGUGAUAUACACAGUUUGUUGGGACCAUCCCAUAAUGCACCUAUUGGAAGUCUCAAUUCAAACUAUGGUGGAUCAAGCCUUGUUACAAGCAGUCGGUCUGCUCCAAUGGUCGGAUCUCAUCGAGAAGAUACAGUCAAUCUCAAUGGCAAUCACUCAGUCCUGUCCAGUACAGUUACUGCUUCCAGCACAGACCUGAGCCAUAAAACACAAGAAAAUUACAGAGGUGGCCUGCAGAGUCAGUCAGGAGCUGUUGUUCCAACCGAAAUAAAGACUGAAAACAAAGAGAAAGAUGAAGGCCUUCACGAACCUCCCUCAUCAGAUGACAUGAAGUCAGAUGAUGAAUCUUCCCAAAAAGAUAUUAAGGUUUCUUCUAGAGGCAGAACAAGCAGCACCAAUGAAGACGAGGAUCUGAACCCGGAGCAGAAGAUAGAAAGGGAGAAAGAAAGGCGGAUGGCCAACAACGCCAGGGAGCGCUUGCGCGUGAGGGAUAUCAAUGAGGCGUUCAAAGAGCUCGGGCGGAUGUGUCAGCUUCAUUUAAAGAGCGAGAAGCCCCAGACAAAACUCCUCAUUCUCCAUCAGGCCGUGGCCGUCAUCCUCAGUCUAGAGCAGCAGGUCCGAGAGAGGAAUCUGAACCCCAAAGCAGCCUGCCUUAAGAGAAGGGAAGAAGAGAAAGUCUCUGCCGUAUCGGCAGAGCCGCCAACCUCGUUGCCGGGAGCCCAUCCUGGACUCAGUGAAACCGCCAACCCUAUGGGUCACAUGUGAACAGCCAGUUCCAGAGUUACCAGUAGGCUAGAGAGAAGGUGACCUCUCCUCAUAAGGACUUGGACAGCUCAGAUUAUCUGAAGACACACACCUAAUAGGAGGGAGAAGAAGAAACAAAACACUUGAAGGGAGAAUUGAGAGGUAACCCUACGAUCGAAGCAGCUGGUCGCCGCCACUCCCGCGCCCCUCUGCACGGCAGCCGGCCAGGGGCUCGCAGCGCCGCUCCCGCACAAUCAGAGACCGUCGCGAUCUCUCCACUCACCGUGGAAGUUGCCUUGUGCCUAAACCGAAUUGACAAAUGCAUUGUAACUGCAAAUUUUAUUUAUUGUUACGGAACUGUAAGGUCUGCUGCAUAGAAAGGGAAAGGGGUAAUGCGGAAAGCUGAGAGCACUCGGCCGGGCCGCGCUCAGCUAGGGCUGUUGGCGCGCAGAGAACGAAGCCGCGACAGCCGCGGCCCUUAGCAUUCCCGGCACACCUAUUAGUGUCUUAAAGGGAAGGGAAAGUCUUUUGUUGCCCUCUCCUCUCCUUCUGCCAUAUGAAUAGUGUUUUCCAUAAAAUAGGAAAAUAAUCACUCUCGCUCCCAUUUAUUAUUUUUUUCAUUCAUUUUUGUUUUCUCUUUGUGAGUGUUAUUAUAUUUGGUCUCUGAAUCCGAAUGGUUUGUGGUCGCAGUCCAGAAGCCUCCACAGAGCACAAAGCAGAGACUGUGUGUGACCGUGGCUGCAGAGUUCAAAGGGGCCAUUCUGUCUCCUAGAUCUUCCCCCCGAAUAAAUGUUGUUUAUUCCUAACAAUAAGCCAGACUUUUCAAGCUUCUAGGUUUCAUAGGAAAGCUUACAAUAAUAGCAGGAAGUGUACAUUACAAAGGAAGAGCCUCCUUUUUAGAGAUUGCUUUGUUUCCCAGGCAGUAAGUGCCGCACGCAGUCCUUGUAAAGUGUCAGCUAUACGUCAGCACAAAGUGGAUUCAAGUGCAAAGAUUUCCAGAAUAGUCACGGUGAACACGCAAAACGCGGUGGUCACUGAGGCAGGUAGCGUGAGGACUGAGCACAGAACCUUGAGGCCGUUCCCUGGACGAAUCCUUCGUCUCUGUGUCACCUGCGUGGCUGGUAGGUGGGGAAGCGCCCAGAGUGACCUGGCGCACUGCAUCCCAUCCGCCCUGUCCCAGGAAGAUGAGCCCAGGGUCGCAUGAAGCAGGUACUUGCAGCCCAUGAACACAGUCCAUUCGGGCGCCCCUCUGACUUGAGUCCGAAGGAGUCAGGUGUCCAGACAUUCACCGUCACCUGCAACUUCCAGGAAAUCCCGUCUUCCACCUCCACGGCCCUGAGAAGGGGAACCAUGCUAAAUACAGUGGUCUUGGCUUAAUAACUCUCUCUCUGGCCGAUGUCAGCACUGGCGGUCAGCACACAGAAGACCCCAAAUCACCAUGUCACGGAAAGACUCCUGCUCGUUUGAAAGAACAAACACAGCUGAGGCAGAACUUGAGAUCCUCCAAUCAGGACGAUUCCUAACAGUCUCUCGUGAACUUAGUGGACUUUUUUUGGUUACUUUAAGUUGUAUGUACCCUCCAGUCCCAUCAGCCUCUCUCCGUGGCCUUGUUCUUCAUUUCAGUGUUAAUCAGCUAAACAGAAGUCGUCGCUCAUGAUGUGUGAAUGAACACAGGCCGCCGCCUGGCCUUUUCUCUUCAGAGCUCGGUGUCUUUUUCGCUAUAUUAGACUUUGCAGUAUGCCCAGAAGCUUUCCUUCAUAAAAUAGAAAGAAAAAAACAUUUGGCUUAUUUUUCACUGUAGCUAGUCUUUUAUACAAUAAUCUUGUAAGAAAAUUUCUUGAAUUCUAAAUAUUACUCUUUCUAGAUUUUUGAAAUCGAAAAAUUUUCAGUAAAAAGUUUCUUACUUUAUUUUAUUAUAUUAGGUAGUAAAAUGUAGGGUUAUCUACCAUAACCUGUUCAUUAAUAUCAGAAAUUUACAAUAGCAUUUUAAGACCAUAGUAGGAAUCCUAGCAUACCGUGUAGCACCUAUGGAGUAUUGUAAGAGCUGAUUGUCCGAGAUGAACUGCUUCUCAUCUUGUUCUCCAGUUUCCAUUGUUGGUUUAUUGCAGAUUUGUAUCCUGUGUCAAAUUCAAGGUAUUAUUGAUCAACUUUUUCAACCAGCAGCAACAAGUUCAAAGUUUUUUCUGUCACUGUAACAGAAAAUACAAUAUGUAUAUAACAUUUAUGUAGCAAUAAAUGUGCCAUCUUUUUUUUAA